CCUAUGCAGUCCGUGACCAUGCCGAUGAAACGCAGCAGAGAGACUUCAGCCACUGAUGGACUCUUUCCUGUUCACUCUUUCACCAAACCUUUGGAGGAAAAUCACACCAAUGGAUCCUCACUUUUUCAUCUGGAGGACGACUCUGGCAUCAAAUCAGAGGCGGACAACAGCAAUGAGAUGGCCUCCUCUGAGGAAGACCGGGAUCAAGACCAAGACGUGGACCCGAGCGCCAAAACCAGCCCCCCCAUUCCCAGGAAGAGCAUCAUUAAGAUGGGCAAAGACAAGAAGAAACAGACACAGCUCACCCUGCAAUGGCUGGAGGAAAACUACAUUGUGUGUGAGGGUGUGUGUCUUCCUCGCUGCAUCCUCUACGCUCACUACCUGGACUUCUGUAGGAAGGUCAAACUAGAACCGGCUUGCGCUGCCACUUUUGGAAAAACGAUACGACAGAAGUUCCCUCUCCUUACUACAAGAAGACUUGGAACAAGAGGACAUUCCAAGUAUCAUUACUAUGGCAUCGGCAUCAAAGAGAGCAGUGCCUACUAUCACUCGGUCUAUUCUGGUAAAGGUUUGACUAGGUUUUCUGGGAGCAAGCUAAAGAAUGAGGGAGGAUUCACCAGGAAAUAUUCUCUGAGCUCCAAAACUGGAACACUACUGCCAGAAUUCCCCAGUGCUCAGCAUCUCGUCCUGCAGGGAAACACCUCCAGAGACAAGGUGGACACUCUGAUCAUGAUGUACAAAACCCACUGCCAGUGCAUCCUAGACAACGCCAUCAACGUCAACUUUGACGAGAUCCAGAACUUCCUGCUGCACUUCUGGCAGGGCAUGCCUGACCACCUGCUGCACCUGUUGGAGAACACGGUGGUCGUCGACAUCUUGUGCGUGUGUGACUCCAUUCUCUACAAGGUUUUGACUGAUAUUCUAAUUCCUGCCACAAUGCAAGAGAUGCCAGAAAGUCUCUUGGCAGACAUCCGCAACUUUGCCAAGCACUGGGAGCACUGGCUGGCCUCUUCCCUGGAGAACCUUCCAGAAAGCCUCGCAGCCAAGAAGCUCCCCAUCGCACGCCGCUUCAUCUCCUCCCUGAAGAGACAGGCAUCCUUCUUGCACCUUGCGCAGAUUGCUCGCCCGGCGCUCUUUGACCAGAACGUGGUGACCAACAUGGUGCUGGACAUUGACAACGUCGAUCUUCACAGCAUAAGCCUGCAGUCUCUGCUCAGCAUCACAGCCGCCGUCGACCACGAGCACGACGCCUACUCUGAGCACGACGCCAUCACUGUCUUCCAGGAGCUAAAGGAGCUGCUGAGGAAGAACGCCACAGUGGAGUCCUUCAUCGAGUGGCUGGAUUCGGUAGUGGAGCACAAAGUCAUCAAGCCAAGCAAGCAGACGGGUCGCACGGUGAAGAAGCGAGCUCAAGAGUUCCUGCUCAGGUGGAGCUUCUUUGGUGCCAGAGUCAUGCACAACCUCACGCUCAACAAUGCCUCCAGCUUUGGUUCCUUCCAUCUGAUCCGGAUGCUGCUGGACGAAUACAUCCUGUUGGCUCUGGAAUCUCAGUUUAACAACGACAAGGAACAAGACCUGCAGAACCUUCUGGACAAACACAUGAAGAAAGCAGGUGCAAGUAAAGCCGCCUUUCUGGCCUCUCCCAGUUCCUGCUUCUUAGCCAAUCGCAACAAGUCCAGCACCACCGUCGACCAAUCGGUCAAGAGCGAGUCCCCAGGACAGACCACCUACAUGUCUGUGUCCACCAGUCAGCAGCAAGGAGACGAGACAAGUGCCGGCAUCUACCAGACGACAGAUUCUGUUGUCUACCCUGGGUCAGGUGGUCCAAUGGACUUCUCUCAAGUUUCCACCUCCGUCAUGACGCCCCCCAUCUCUCCAGCGGCCUUGGUGCACAGAGGCUCCGUCAUCAACCAGGGACCCAUGGCGGGAAGAACCCUCACAUCUUCCUCUUUGACCGCCACCUCUACAUCAUCCUCUUCCUCGUCUUCCUCGUCUUACUUCUCCACACUGACUUCCAUGACCCAGCCCAACCCCUGCACCACCUUCCCGGAGACCCUGUACCCCUGCUCCACUUACUUUCCUGCAGCCGGCGCUACCUCCAACUACCAGCCUGGACUCAGGCCUCAGACCGGGAGUCUGUGUCAGGCCACAUCCUUGUCCUACCACCUCUCCUCUCGCUACACCUCUUUUGACGACCAGCACCCUUUGUCCCCCAAAGACGUCUUCUACCCAGACGGCCAACAUUUCUCCUCCGGCAGUGCCACUGCUUGCUCCCUGACUCCUUACCCCUCCUCGCUCAGGCCUACUUCCGACUACGGCUCGGGCUCUGAUUCUAUCCUCGGCAAUCAGGGUCUGGAGGCUCAGACAGCAGCUCAGAUCCUGGACUCUGCUGAUGGCUUUGGCUUUGGACUGAACCACAGCAGCGGCGGGUGUCAAGCGUAUUCAGCGGCAGGGCAAAGUGGUUACUAUGGUAACAACAACUACCUGGACAGCCAGCGGAUGACUCCUCUGGUGGACCAGCAUGUCUCAGUCAUCAGCAGCGUGGGCAGCCUCCGCUCCAAUUUUCCUGCAACAUAUUCAGAGGUCCACGACCCCCUCAACAUCCUGGAUGAGCCAGGAAGGAAAAUGGGGACGUUCUUUUCUGACGUCGAAAGUAUAACAGGAUCUUCCCCCUGCAUGUACCAUUCGUCUUCAUUCGCCUCCCAGGAUGCACUGCCGUCCCAGCAGCGUGCGGCCACGUCCCACGCUGACGUGCAGGACCUGGUGUCCUCUCUACCCCCCAUCAACACCGUCUUCAUGGGUGCCAGCGGGGUGCUCUGA